AUGCUCUCCCGCACAGCCCCCAGAAUCCUCCGCUACACAGCCCGUCCGGCCCGUCUUGCCGCGCUCAACAACCCACCAACCCGAUUCCUCCGCCCGAGCCAAAGCUCAAGCUCCAAUAGCUCUACGCCAGCUAUUGCUACUACAGCCCGCUCAUUCCACUCCACCGGCUCCUUCGCCAAGGGCCUCCAGCCAGACACAGAGAACCCCCAGCCACCGCACAACGAAACUCCCGUUGCCGGUGCCGCAGCGCACGUCACAGAACCCACCCCACUCUCCGCGGAGGAGUAUUAUGAGUACUCGGAGCACUAUUUCAAUGUGUUACUCGGGGAGCUAGAGAAAGCGCAAGAGGAAGGAAGUGACGUUGAAGCAGAGUACAGUGCCGGCGUUCUAAACGUCUCCGUCCCCGGUACUGGAACCUACGUCCUAAACAAACAACCGCCCAACAAGCAGAUCUGGCUCUCAUCGCCUCUCUCCGGACCUAAGCGGUAUGACUGGAUCGUUGAGGGUGACCGCAUGCACGAGAAGGCGGAGACGCGGGAAUUCGCCAAUGGGCAGUGGGUCUAUUUGCGGGAUGGGUCUAAUCUGACGGAGCUGCUUAAUACGGAGUUGACCAUUAAUUUGCCGAAAGAUAUCUAUUCGCAGAUUGUGGAGUAG